GUAAACGCUGGGCUGCGACACUAAUGCAACGAUAGUUAGUAAAUCAGCAUCAUCACCUUCAUCAUUAUCAUUCAUCAUCAUCAUCAUCUUCAUCAUCAUCAUUCAUCAUCAUCAUCAUUCAUCAUCUUCAUCAUCAUCAUCUUCAUCAUCUGAUGUAAACCGAGCGGCGCAAAAUGGUCCACGACGAUUUACGAGUGGAGUGGAUCCGACAGCGGGUGACCGCCGGGUUCAACUUGUACAAGUGUCCGGACUGCUUCGACGAGCUGCUGCUGCUGGGAGACGGAGAGGAAGAGAAGAGGGUGAUCCGCUACCUGAACGUCGUCUCCGAGGAAGACUCGCCAUCGUGUCUCCUGUUCUUCAAAACCAGACGAGAGGAGGAAAUUGAAGUUGCAAUUCCAGUCGAGGAGAAGAAAGACAGAGACAAUGAGACCCGGACCCCAGAUGGAGCAGAGAUGACCUCGGGCACAAAGGAGCCCAAUAGAGAAAGCCCCAGCCAAAGGAUUGAGGUUCAAGUGGUCUAUCACAUUGAGCUUCACGUAGCAGUAGACAGUUACCCAGAGAGAUUUCUGAAAUCCACUGUCUUCUACUUCCUCAGGAACACAAAAGAGACCAUCGUUGAACCACUGGACAUGACUGAAGCCAACAUCCUGAUGCCCAGGCUGUUCGACAUUGGCAUGCACAGUGGAGAUCCCCUUCACGGGCUACAGCACAAACUUGCCAAUAUGUACAUACCCCUGCUCACUGCCCACCAGAUGGAGGCAGCUGGCCGAGAGGCAGGAGAGGACGGCUCGGCAAAGUCGAGGGAGCAAGUCACGAGUCGCGACGAGUUGCUCCACAGGACAUACAAGUUUUUGGGAGUGACCAACACAACUCUCCAACAACUUCAAAUUCUAGAUGGGGGUACACUGCACAUCCCUGAGCUAGACCUGAAGCCGGAGGUGGAUGUGCUUCUCUCUAAUCCAGAAAUGGUUGAGGAGUUGGAGCAGUGUGUAAUGAACUGGCACACUCAGAUUACCAUUGUUAUUGAGGAGCAGCAAAACAAAGAGCCACAGGCGCCUGGCCCUAUGGCCGAGAUCGCCUUUUGGCAGCAACGUGCAUCCAUCCUGAGCGCUCUGAACGAGCAGCUCAAACAGCCGAUGGUGAAGAAAAUCUUGGCGGUGAUGGCCAAAACGGAUGCCGGCAUCGUCCAGACCCUGGAAGGAACGGUUGCCGAACUUAAUAAAUACCGCGUUGAGUCGGAGGAUAAUUCACGUUUCCUCAGCACAAUGGAAAGACACUUCAUGGAUCUGUCCACGGGAGCAAAUUUUGCUGUGAUCCUGGAGACGAUCCCUCCUCUGAUGGAGACCCUGCAAAUUGUGUGGAUGAUCUCUUGCCACUAUAACACAAAUGAACGUAUGGUCCCUCUGAUGGAGCGUAUUGCCUGGCAGCUGUGUGAACGUGUGUCACACGUAAUUGAUAUCCGCACGUUAUUCAAAGAUAAGAGGGAAGUGGCCAAAUCCAAGGUGCAUGAUGCUAAACAGGUUCUGGACCAGUGGAAGUCGUGUUACUUUGAGGUGCGCGCUGAGAUCGAAGAAUCAGGAAGGUUUUCACGCUGGGAAUUUGACCGCAAGAGACUGUUUGAGAGGACUGAUUACAUGGCUUCCAUCUGCCAGGAUCUAUGCAAUGUUUUGCAGAUCUUGGAGGAGUUCCAUAACAUCUUUGGCCCGGAGCUAAAAGGUGUGACCGGUGACCUCAAACGCAUCGAUGAAAUGCUGUGCAGAGUGGACAGUCUGAUUUUGCCUGUUGAGGAGGUCCAUUUUAAUCCUUUCGACAUCUGUAAGAAGAGCAGCUGGAAAAUGAUCAUGCAAGACUUGGACACUACAGUGCAGGCCAUUGAGGGCGAGGCCAUCAGCUUCAUCGAUCAGUCUUUUGAGACACUGCGCUCUUCAGCUGCGGCCUUCGACAUGCUGCUGAAGUUCAAGCACAUGCGCUCCAGGGAGGCCAUCAGUAACCAUUUGAUGAGAAAGUUCAAUGACAUACUGGCCCUGUAUUGCAAAGAGGUGGAAAGCAUAAAUGAACUCUUUAAGGCAAACAAGGACCAACCACCGCUAAACAAGAAUGAUCCUCCCGUGGCAGGAUCCAUCAGGUGGGUCCGAUCUCUGCUCCACCGCAUCAAACGCACCAUCCUUCCCUUCCUGGAAGUGCCAGAGAUGCUCGAGAGUGAACAGAGCAAAGUGGCCAAGGACAAGUAUGUGCAAGUGGCUUUGCAGUUCAGGGACUACGAGGUGAAGAAGUACGAGCGCUGGCUGGCUGAGACAGAACACAACUUGCCACUGCUAAUGAAAAAAGCCCUGUUGGUCACUGAACACCAAAUCCCAGCAACAUUGCCUCUCUCUAAGGAUGCCCCACCAGCUGAAGGCAACCUACAGAGGGGUGUGCGAUACCUGGUGAACUUUGCCCCAGAGAUCAGGGAAAUCAUUUGUGAGACGAUCCACCUUGUGUCACUGGACUUCUCUGUGCCUCAACUGGCUCAGAAUGUUGCUCUACAGGAGCACAAAUUCCUCAAGUAUGUUGAUGAUCUGAAGAAGCUUGUGAACUGCUGCCACUCUGUGAUGGACAGCCUGAGUGAGGCAAAGUUCAAUAUGCUGGCUCAACAGAUCGAAACGGUCAAAAAGGUGAUGGAUUUCGGAUGCAAAAGACUCAACUGGAAUUCCUCGGGUAUUCCUGAAUUCAUCAAACAAUGCAUCCAGGCUGUCUCUAAAUUGGAGUCGGUUGUCAGUCAGAUUCAGAUGAAUGAGAGAGACCUUGAUUCCAAGCUGCAGUCCAUGGUGAUGGCCAACUUAAUGAAAUGUCCAGUCCCUGAAAAAUCAAACAAAUUGCCAGGUGUCAAGGAGUUCUGUGAACACAUUGAACAAGAGCGGGUAAAAACUGUGAGUUUGCUCAGUAAGAAGUACGCCGACGUCGGACACAGCAUUACUAAAACCGAACAUUUGAUCAUGGAAAGCAGCAGUGGCAAAGCCAAAUGUAUGGCAGAUUAUUACACGCACUGGGAGCGCAAGGUGUUCGACUCCCUCGCGAAGAUGGUGCUGAGGAGCAUUCAGGCCUUCAACAUGGCGUUGAUGGGACCUACCGCACUUUUCCAACUUGAUGUCAUCCUGUCUGCCCCUGAGGUCGUGUUGCAGCCCCAAAGCAAUGAGAUCUACUGGCUGAUCAUGCACUGUGUCAGCGACUGUGUGGAGAGCACCAAGCAAUUUGUGCGUUGGAUGCGUGGGACCUGCAUUGAGUGCCCUCCACAACAAAAUGAAUUGGUGACGUUCAGCUUCUACAGUGACGUGAAGCAGCAUCCUCAGGUGAAUGAAAGUGCCAUGACAGUGUCCCAGAACAUCCAGCAGCUGCUCCUCUCUGUGGAUCGGUACCUUUGCCACUGCCGACACUAUCGGCCUCUCUGGGAAAGGAACAAAACCAUCGUCAGUGAAAAAUUUGCUGCAAGUAAACCGUCCUGUGUCAAGUAUGACGAUGAGCUGCAGUUCUUUUCUGGGAUAAGUCAGAAGGUGAUGCUGGAGCCUCUGUUUAAAAUUGACCACAUCAUCCAUCUAAACCUGGAACCUCUGGUUCACACAGUGCAAAAGAUUGUUGAGUCCUGGAUCAGUUCACUCGGGAGUCUGCUCAACAAGGCUGUCAAAGAGGAUCUCUUCAACUUGAGAGAUGAACUCAUGCAACUGUCCACAAAGCUGAAACAGAGCCCUGACACUUUUGAAGACCUGAAGUCCGUCCUUGGUACGAUCUCGGACAUAAAAUACAUGUCUCUAGAUGUGGAGAUGAGAGUCAAUGAUAUCAAGGAAAGAUACAGAACACUGGCAAUGUACAAAAUGGAGGUUGGAGAGGAUGAACUGGAGCUGGUUGCCAGUAUUGACCAGAUGUGGAGUGACCUUUUUACAGAAUCCAUACAAGUGGAUCGAAGUUUGACAAAUGUCAAGAAGUCAUUUACUGAGAUUACAGAGGAGAAGAUUGAAGAGUUUAAGGAGGAGUUGUCUAUCUUUGCUGAAAGCUUCAACAUGCAUGGUCCUGGAGCUGUGGGGGAUGAUUUGGAGAAAGGGCUGACCAUUCUGGGAACAUAUGAGGCCGAUCUUGCCAAGAUGAUGGCAGGACGACAGGAGCUGGCUAAUGCUGAGAAGCUGUUGGACCUACCAUUCACUGUGUACCCAGAGAUUAUCACCAUGCAGAAGGAUAUGAAGGGCUUGAGACAAAUAUAUGAUAUAUAUAAAGCUCAGAAGGAUACAAAGACAGAGUGGUCUCAGACGCUGUGGGUGCAUUUAAACAUCCAGCUGCUACAGGAGGGAGCUGAGGGCUUCAUCAAAGGCCUGAGGCAGCUGCCCAAAGAUGUGCGGGCGUUGCCUGUGGCCUUCUUCCUGGAAGGACGCAUGAAGGAGUUCAGAGAGUCUCUACCUCUUCUGCUGGACCUGAAGAAUGAGGCCCUCAGAGACAGACACUGGAAUGAACUGAUGGAGAGGACCGGCACCAACUUUGACAUGAACCCUGACAGCUUCACUCUGGAGAACAUGUUUGCUAUGGAGCUGCAUAAAUAUGCAAAUGUGCUAAGUGACAUCGUCACGUCUGCUGUAAAAGAGCUCAGUAUUGAGAAGGGAGUGAAGGAGGUGGUGGAAACCUGGGAAAACAUGAAGUUCAGUGUGCAGCCCUAUGUUAAAGGGACCCAGGAACGUGGUUCUAUUCUGGGUGCAGUGGACGAGAUCCUGCUGAACGUGGAGAACGAUGCCAUGAAUUUACAGAGCAUGGCGGGCAGCCGUUUUGUUGGACACUUCCUAGGCACCAUACAACAAUGGGAAAAAGACCUGUCCCAUAUCAGUGAGACCAUAGAGGUUUGGUUGCUGGUACAACGAAAAUGGAUGUACCUGGAGAGCAUAUUCAUUGGUGGAGACAUUCGCUCGCAGUUACCUGAAGAAGCCAAGAAAUUUGAUGACAUUGACAAAAGGUUUAAAGAAACAAUGAGUGACACAGUGAAGGGCCCAAACAUCAAACGGUGUUGCCUGCUUCCCAACCGACUAACGGACCUGCAGGCCCUGAGCGAGGGUCUGGAGAGGUGCCAGAAGAGCCUCAGUGACUACCUGGACUUUAAGCGGAAUGCGUUUCCUCGCUUCUUCUUCAUCUCUGAUGAUGAGCUGCUCAGCAUUCUGGGGAGUAAUGACUCUACCUGUGUCCAGGAGCACAUGAUCAAGAUGUAUGACAACGUUGCAUCUCUGAGAUUCGAUGGGGAAAGCAAUGGGGAGACAGCAGCUGGAGCCAUGGUGUCUGCUGAAGGGGAGGUGAUGGAGCUGAGGAAGCCCGUCCCAGUGGAGGGCAGAGUGGAGGACUGGAUGACGGGAGUACUGCUAGAGAUGAGGCGGACCAAUAGACUGAUUACAAAAGAAGCAAUCUUCUACUACUGCAGAGACAGGAGCAGGGUGGAUUGGAUGUUGCUGUACCAGGGCAUGGUGGUGUUAGCUGCCACUCAAGUGUGGUGGACCUGGGAGCUAGAGGAUGUUUUCGAAAAUGUGAAGAAAGGAGAGAAGCACGCAUUGAAGAACUUUGCUCAGAAAAUGCACCAGCAAAUUGAUGAGCUGGUGACACGUAUUACACAACCUAUGAAGAAAAAUGACAGACGAAAGAUUAACACCGUGCUUAUCAUUGAUGUGCAUGCGAGAGACAUUGUGGACAGCUUUGUUCUAAACAGUAUAAUGGACCCACGAGAGUUUGAGUGGGAAAGCCAACUAAGAUUCUACUGGGUCCGGGAACAAGACGACCUAUUUGUGCAUCAGUGCAGCGCUUCGUUCUCUUAUGGGUAUGAAUACAUGGGGUUGAAUGGUCGAUUGGUUAUAACCCCACUGACCGACCGGAUCUACCUCACCCUCACCCAGGCCCUCUCCAUGUUCCUGGGUGGAGCUCCCGCCGGACCGGCGGGUACAGGAAAGACAGAGUCCACCAAAGAUCUGGCCAAGGCUUUGGGCCUGCUCUGUGUGGUGACAAACUGUGGUGAGGGCAUGGAUUACAUGGCUGUUGGUAAGAUCUUGUCUGGCCUUGCCCAGUGUGGAGCUUGGGGCUGCUUCGAUGAGUUCAAUCGAAUUGAUGCCUCAGUUUUGUCAGUUAUCUCCUCUCAAAUCCAGACCAUCCGCAAUGCUCUCAUUCUGCACCUCAAAAGGUUUCAUUUCGAAGGGCAAGAGAUCCGCCUGGACAGCCGCAUGGGGAUUUUUAUCACCAUGAACCCGGGUUAUGCGGGACGCACCGAGCUGCCAGAAUCAGUGAAAGCCCUCUUCAGGCCUGUGGUGGUCAUUGUUCCUGACCUGCAGCAGAUCUGUGAGAUCAUGCUCUUCUCUGAGGGGUUCCUAAUGGCCAAGGUGCUGGCAAAGAAGAUGACAGUACUGUAUAAGCUGGCUCGAGAGCAACUGUCCAAGCAGUCUCACUACGACUUUGGUCUGCGAGCUCUGAAGUCUGUCCUCGUGAUGGCAGGAGAACUGAAGAGAGGCUCACCAGACAUCAGUGAGGAUGUGGUGUUGAUGCGCGCCCUCAGGGACAUGAACCUUCCAAAGUUUGUGUUUGAGGACGUGCCUCUGUUCCUCGGGCUGAUCUCAGACCUGUUCCCUCGGCUGGACUGUCCUCGCGUUCGCUACCCCGACAUCAAUGAUGCUGUGGAACAGAUCCUGCAAGAAAACAAAUUUGUCAUAGUGCCUGACCAGGUGGAUAAAGUUGUGCAGAUCUAUGAGACAAUGAUGACCAGACACACUACUAUGGUUGUGGGACCAACAGGUGGAGGGAAAUCAGUUGUCAUCAGCACAUUAUGUCAAGCUCAGACCAAAUUGGGAUUGCACACCAGGAUAUAUCCACUGAACCCUAAAGCCAUGAGUGUCAUUGAACUUUAUGGUGUUCUCGACCCUGACACUCGAGACUGGACUGAUGGGAUCUUAUCCAACAUCUUCCGUGACAUCAACAAGCCUUCUGACAAAGAAACACGGAGGUACAUCCUGUUUGAUGGUGAUGUGGACGCUCUGUGGGUCGAGAAUAUGAACUCAGUGAUGGAUGACAACAAGCUCCUCACGCUGGCCAAUGGUGAACGGAUCCGUUUACAGAGUCACUGUGCACUGCUGUUUGAGGUCGGUGAUCUGCAGUAUGCUUCCCCCGCUACUGUUUCCCGCUGUGGGAUGGUUUUUGUUGACCCAAAAAACCUCCGAUACACCCCGUACUGGCAGAGAUGGCUGACAAACAGAUCCGAAAGGGAACGAGAAGCGCUCGACAAACUGUUCAAGAAAUAUGUGCCCAGCUGUAUUGACAUGAUUGUGGAUGGUAUUGUUAAUGGCAAACAAGGCCAGAAGCUGAAGACUGUUGUCCCACAGACAGAUCUGAACAUGGUGACUCAACUCUGCUCCGCGCUGGAUGCGCUGCUUGAGAGUGAAAGCGGCAGUGCUGAAGUCCUGGAGUGUUUCUUCCUGGAAGCUCUCUACUGCUCACUAGGGGCCUCAUUGCUGCAGAGUGGCAGGAUGGAGUUUGAUGAGUUCAUCAGAAGGAUUUCCUGCUUAACUGUAGUGCAUGACGAGAAAACCCUGGCAGGACCUGGUGAGAUCCCAGGAUACCUGCCGUCUCUGUAUGAUUUCCAUUUUGAUGGCACACAGGAGAAGUGGGUUCCCUGGAGUUCCCUGGUCACCAAAUAUAUUCACAACCCUGAAAUGAAGUUUGCUGACAUUCUAGUGCCAACUAUCGACACCACGAGAGCGAGAUGGAUCCUGGAACAGAUGGUGAAGAUAAAGAGGCCAGUGCUUCUGGUUGGCGAGUCUGGCACCUCCAAGACUGCCACCAUUCACAGCUUCCUUAAGAACCUAGAUGCAGAAACAGUGAUUACCCUGAUCAUCAACUUCUCAUCUAGAACGACCUCAAUGGACGUGCAGAGGAACCUGGAGGCCAAUGUGGAGAAAAGGACCAAAGGGAACUAUGGGCCUCCAAUGGGAAAGAGACUGUUGGUCUUUAUGGAUGACAUGAAUAUGCCAAAGGUGGAUAAUUAUGAGACACAACAGCCUAUCGCACUCAUGAAGCUGUUAUUGGACCGAGGAGGCAUAUAUGACAGAGGGAAGGAGCUGAACUACAAAAUCCUCAAGGACCUUGGCUUUGUUGCUGCCAUGGGAAAGGCAGGAGGAGGGAGGAACAAGGUGGACCCCCGCUUCAUCUCACUCUUCAGUGUCUUCAGCAUCCCCUUCCCUGCAAUGGACUCACUCCACCUUAUCUAUGCUUCCAUUAUCAAAGGCCACACCAGACCAUUUCAGGAGGCCGUACAGAAGGUUUGUGAUAAAGUCACCCUCUGCACAUUGGAGCUGUACAGCAGCAUCAUCAAAGAUUUGCCACCCACUCCCUCCAAAUUCCACUACAUCUUCAACCUGAGGGACCUGUCAAGAGUCUACAACGGACUAACGCUCACCAAGCCCGACAGGUUUUUAACUGUCACGCAAUUUGUGCGAGUCUGGAGAAAUGAGUGUCUGAGAAUCUUCCACGACAGACUAAUCGAUGAGACUGACAAAGCCAUGGUCCAAGGCCACAUAAAGAACUUGAUUGAGGAGCACUUCAAUUCAGACAUGGAGGCAGUCAUCAGGGACCCAAUUCUUUUCGGAGACUACAGGACAGCCCUCAGGGAGUCCGAACCCAGGGUCUAUGAGGACAUACUGGACUAUGAUGCUUCAAAAGCCCUGUUUCAGGAACUUCUCGAGGAAUUCAAUGAGAACAAUUUGAGGAUGAACCUGGUACUGUUUGAUGACGCACUGGAACAUCUGACCCGGGUGCACCGCAUCAUCCGUAUUGAUCGAGGCCACUCUUUGCUCGUCGGUGUGGGGGGCUCUGGCAAACAGUCCCUCACCAAGCUUGCUGCUUUCACUGCUGGCUGUGAGGUGUUUGAGAUAGCACUAAGCAGAGGAUACUGCGAGUCAAACUUCCGCGAAGACCUGAAAACACUGUACUUGAAGCUUGGCAUCGAAAAUAGGAAGAUGGUGUUCCUCUUUACUGAUGCCCAUGUUGCAGAGGAAGGUUUCUUGGAACUCAUUAACAACAUGCUGACUUCAGGCAUUGUUCCUGCAUUGUUCCCUGAUGACGAGAGGGAGUCAGUUGUCAACCAGCUUCGCGACGAAGCUCUGAAGAUGGGAGCCGGUCCUUCUAAAGAAAGUCUGUGGCAGUACUUUGUCAGCAAGAGUGCCAACAAUCUACACAUUGUUUUAGGCAUGUCUCCGGUGGGAGACACCCUGAGGACCCGCUGCAGGAACUUCCCAGGACUGAUGAACAACACUGUGAUAGACUGGUUCCUGCCAUGGCCUCCACAGGCUUUACUCGCAGUUGCUCAGUCAUUCCUCGGUGAAAGUCCCAUGGUUCCUGAGGCCCACUCUGCAGAUGUGAUAGCUCAUGUAUGCAUGGUCCAUACUUCUGUGGGUGACUACAGCAAGUUAUUUCUGCAAAAACACAGGCGUAGUAAUUAUGUUACUCCAAAGAACUACUUGGACUUCAUUAACACUUAUUCUAAACUCUUGGUGGAGAAUGAUCAGUACAUCCUGGCUCAGUGCCGGCACCUGGAGGGAGGUUUAGAUAAACUGAAGGAGGCCAGUCAGCAGCUGGCUGAGCUGAAUGUCAAGCUAGCAGAGCAGAAGGUGGUCCUCACUGAAAAGUCCACAGCUUGUGAAACCCUGCUGGAUGAGAUUGUCACAAACACGACUGUAGCGGAGGAGAAAAAGACAUUGGCAGAAGACAAAGCCAAAGAGAUUGAGGAGCAGAACAAAGUGAUUGCUGUGGAGAAGAAGGAAGCUGAAAGUUCCCUGGCUGAGGCUCUGCCGGCAUUGAAGGCAGCCCGCGACGCCCUGCAAGACCUAGACAAAUCUGAUGUCACAGAGAUCAGAUCCUUUGCCAAGCCACCCAAACAGGUGCAGGUGGUGUGCGAGUGCAUCUUGGUGCUGCGUGGCUACAAGGAGAUCACUUGGCAGUCGGCCAAGGGGAUGAUGUCAGAGGCUAACUUCCUGCGCUCGCUGAUGGAGAUGGACUGUGAUUCCAUAAGUAACAACCAGGUCAGGACUGUCAAAGGCUUCCUGAAGAACCUCCGGACGAGCCUUGAGGAGAUGCAGGCCAUCAGUAAAGCUGGCUCAGGCAUGUUCAAGUUUGUUGAGGCUAUCAUCGGUUACUGUGAGGUUGCCAGAGAGAUAAAACCCAAGAGGGAGAAGGUGGGACUUCUGGAGAAGAACUUCUUUCAGAGUAAGCAGGAGCUGGAGCACAUUCAGGGUGAGCUUGGCAAUAUCCAGGGAGAGUUGCAGGCUCUUGGAGAGAAGUACCAAGCUGCUACUGUGGAGACACUGUACCUACAAAAGGAGGCUGAGCUCAUGGAGAGGAGGCUGAUAGCAGCUGACAAACUCAUCUCGGGUCUGAGCUCCGAGAAUGAGCGGUGGACACAAGAUUUGGAGGAGUUGAAGCAGAGGCGUGUGCGUCUCCUUGGUGACUGUCUGAUCUCUGCUGCUUUCCUGAGCUAUGAAGGGGCCUUCAGCUGGGACUUCAGGAAUGAAAUGGUGUACCAAGUAUGGGUUAGGGAUGUACAAGAGAGAGGCAUCCCCUUGAGCCUGCCUUUCAAAGUGGAAAGCCUUCUUACUGAUGAAGUAGAAAUCAGCAGAUGGGGCUCGGAGGGAUUACCACCAGAUGAGCUGUCAGUGCAGAAUGGGAUCCUCACAACCAGAGGGAGCCGAUUUCCGAUGUGUAUUGAUCCUCAACAGCAAGCCCUCAACUGGAUUAAGAAGAAAGAAGAAAACAAUAAGCUCAAGAUCUCAUCUUUCAAUGAUCCAGACUUCCUGAAGCAACUAGAGAUGGCCAUCAAAUAUGGUUUCCCAUUCCUUCUCCAAGAUGUGGAUGAUUACAUCGACCCUGUGAUUGACAAUGUCCUGGAGAAGAAUGUGAAAGGAGCAGAGGGCAGACAGGUCGUCAUGCUGGGAGACAAGGAGGUGGACUACGAUCCCAACUUCAAGCUGUAUCUCAACACCAAACAAGCUAACCCCAAAUAUUCCCCAUCAGUGUUUGGAAAAGCCAUGGUCAUUAACUAUUCUGUGACCCUUAAGGGCUUGGAGGACCAGCUGCUGAGUGUUAUCAUGGGCUUUGAGAAAAAGGAGCUGGAGGAGCAGCGCGAACGUUUGAUCCAAGAGACGAGCAAUAAUAAGAAGCUGCUCAAAAACUUAGGGGACUCCCUGCUGAGAGAGCUGGCGACAUCUACAGGCAACAUAUUGGAUAACACAGAGCUGGUUCACACGUUGGAGGAAACCAAGUCAAAAGCCUUUGAGGUAUUUGAGAAGUUAAAGUUGGCUGUGAAGACAUCCUUGGACAUUGAUAAACUCAGAGACGGCUACCGACCUGCUGCCAAGCGCGGCGCUAUUCUGUUCUUUGGACUGAUGGAAAUGGCUCUGGUGAACAGUAUGUACCAGUACUCCCUGGCCUCCUACCUGGAAGUGUUUGACUAUUCACUGCGCAAAUCUCUGCCAGACUCUUCCCUUCACCUACGACUGAAGAACAUCAUGAGCACUCUGACACACAGUGUUUAUAACUACGGCUGCACGGGUCUGUUUGAAAGACACAAGCUGCUCUUUUCUUUUAACAUGACUGAGAAGAUUGAGCAGGCAGAAGGGAGAGCACGUCAGGAAGAGCUGGAGUUCUUUAUCAAGGGUAAUCUAUGCCUGGAAAAGAGCAAGCUCAAAAAGCCUUGUGACUGGCUUCCAGACCAGGGCUGGGAAGACAUAGUGAAACUCGCAGAGCUCUUUCCUGAACACUUUGGCUCUCUGCCUGAUGACGUGGAAAAAGAUUCCUCUGACUGGAAGUCUUGGUAUGACUUAGAUGGACCGGAGCAGGCUCCAUUCCCCAUGAAAUAUGAGGAGAACCUGUCCGCCUUUCAGAAGCUGUUGUUGCUGCGCUGCUUCCGUGUGGACAGAGUCUAUAGAGCCGUGACUGACUACGUCACCGUCACCAUGGGCGAGAAAUAUGUUCAGCCCCCCGUGAUCAGCUUUGAUGCAAUUUAUGAGCAGAGCACACCUUCCUCCCCCAUUAUCUUCAUCCUGAGUCCGGGCUCUGACCCAGCCGGUGACCUCAUGAAACUGGCUGAGAGAUCAGGUUUUGGGGGGAGCAAGUUCAAGUUCCUUGCCAUGGGUCAAGGCCAAGAGAAGGUUGCGCUGCAGUUGCUGGAGAGCGCUGUGUCCCGUGGUCAGUGGCUGUUGCUACAGAACUGCCACCUGCUGGUGAAGUGGCUGAAGGAACUGGAGAAAUCUCUAGAGAGGAUCACUAAUCCCAAUCCCAAAUUCCGAUUGUGGGUCACCACCAACCCCAUCAAGGAUUUCCCCAUUGGCAUACUGCAAAAGUCUCUAAAGGUAGUGACGGAGCCUCCCAAUGGACUCAAGCUCAACAUGAGAGCCACGUACUCUAAAAUCUCCCACGAGUCCUUGGCUGAAUGCCCACACCCUGCCUUCAGUAAUCUGGUGUAUGUGCUGGCCUUCUUCCACGCUGUGGUGCAAGAGAGACGCAAGUACGGCAAGAUUGGCUGGAAUGUCUCCUACGACUUCAACGAGUCCGAUUUCUUUGUGUGUAUGGAGAUCCUGAAAACCUACCUGACCAAAUCUCACGACCAGGGAGACAGCAAUAUUCCCUGGGGAAGUCUCAAAUACCUUGUUGGAGAGGUGAUGUACGGCGGCCGAGCCAUCGAUAGCUUUGACCGCAGGAUCCUGAGAGUCUACAUGGAUGAGUACCUCGGAGAUUUCCUCUUCUACGUCUUUCAGCGCUUCCACUUCUUUCACAACAAGGAUGUCGAUUACAAGAUCCCUCCAAAAGGGCCCAAGAAAAUAUAUGUUGAUGAGAUUGAGACCUUGCCACUGGUAAAUACACCAGAGGUAUUGGGCCUUCAUUCUAAUGCAGAGAUAGGAUACUACACGCAAGCAGCUAAAGACAUGUGGGCCCACCUAAUAGACCUGCAACCUCAGACAGGUGAAUCUGGUGGAAGCAUCAGUAGGGAUCAGCACAUCAGCCAGGUGGCCCAGGACAUUCAGAACAAGCUCCCAAAUUUGUUCGACAUGGACGUGAUCCGUAAAAAGUUUGGCUCGGACGUUUCCCCGACCUCGGUCGUGCUGCUUCAAGAAUUAGAGCGCUUCAACAAACUUGUGGUUCGCAUGCAGCGCUCUCUGGCUGAGCUGCAGAGGGCUUUGGCUGGUGAGGUGGGGAUGAGCAGUGAGCUGGAUGAGGUCGCCCGAGCUCUUUUUAAUGGUCACAUUCCUGCCAUCUGGAAGAAGUUGGCACCUGAUACGCUUAAGUCACUCGGCAACUGGAUGAGCCAUUUCAAGAGGCGUUAUGAACAGUAUAGCCACUGGGUGGAUGAAGGGGAGCCCAAGGUAAUGUGGCUGUCAGGACUCCAUAUCCCAGAGUCCUACCUGACUGCCCUGGUCCAAGCUACAUGCAGGAAAAAUGGUUGGCCUCUGGACCUCUCCACACUGUACACACAGGUGACCCAGUACCGCAGUGAGGAAGAAAUCAGUGACAGACCUGGGCAGGGCUUUUUUGUGUCUGGCCUGUAUCUGGAGGGAGCAGACUGGGACACGGAGAAGUGCUGCCUGGUGAGGAGUAGACCAAAAGUUCUGGUUGUGGAACUGCCCAUUCUCAGAGUCAUACCCAUAGAGGCACGCCGCCUCAGGUUACAGAAUACGCUGCGGACACCAGUGUACACCACGUCUCUACGGAGGAACGCAAUGGGUGUUGGCUUGGUGUUUGAGGCCGACCUGUUCACCACCAUGGACAUCUCCCACUGGGUGCUCCAGGGAGUUUGUCUGUGUCUCAAUGCUGACUAAAGACAACCCUCAGUCUCACUUAGCUGUCAACUCUCUGUUUAAUAUUGUUUUUUUAAUAAACUGUUCCGAGCAGCAGAAAACUA